AUGCUCGCCAGCUGGAUUGGACCGCACAUCACCGGACAGUACGACCUGACGUUCGUACCCGUCGCCCUCCCAACCGCUCUCGUUCGCGCUCUCCUCCCCGCCGAGUGGCAGCGAGACGACGCCUUCUUGACGCCAGAGGAGCUCGCGGGACAUGGAGUGGACUUGCCGGUGCUCGAGGGCAAGCAGUGGGUCUGCAUCGAGGCGGGCAAGCAGCUCAACAGCGGCGUCUCGCUCCCUCUGGGUCGUCGCUCCUUCCUCGAAGCGAAGCUCGAGAUCCCCUUCCUGCGACACCCAGAGAAGCAGGACAACCUCCCCUUCACCUUCAAACAGACGAUGCUCUUCUCCUCCCGCCUGAUCCAGUUCUCUGCCGCACACUUGACCGGCCUGCGCUCGCACCACGUUGUCUGCAUCACAACGGAGGACUCGUUCGAGGCGAUGGACUUCAUGAAGGUCACCGUCAACGGCGAGGCGGCGGUUCCCGAGGGACAGAGGUGGACGGAGGAUCUUGCGAGGAAGGUCAUGACGGGCUGGUGGGUCGGCGACAAUACUGGACACGCCGCGACGAAGUUCGUGAUGUCGACGGUUACUCCGCCUCAUCCUCGCCCGCAACUCUCUGUCCGUCUCAACCUCCCCGCCUUCACGCAGCUUCCCCUCGACAAAGCCAAAGAGCUGUGCGCGGGCACGCUCGACCUCGAGGAGAACGGCUGGGUCGAACUCGCCGCCGCUGGAUUCGCCAUGAGCGAGCAGACAAAGAUGGAGGUCGUCUCGCUCGCUUCGCUUUGA